ACAACUUCUCACUGUCAUCAUAGUUGUUGAGCAUCUCAUCAAUCAAAGCUAGUUAUUGAAAUCCACCAAAAUACAUCGGAUCUCAGUUCUAUCCAUCAUGCUUUCUAACAUAAGUGAGUGUUUUUUGAGUGCAUAACAUAAACCAAGCUAAACGUGAUUUUGUAGUGAAAAUCAGUGAACAUACUUAGACAUUGCUCGCCGCCAGCCACACGACCACAUACGGACGGGUUUGCUCAGUACACAAACUAGGACUCGUCCCCACCAACUCACAAAUUCAAACGGGUCAAGAACAGGCGCUGGAUUUGCUGCGUCAACUGCAGCGACUGAGCAUCGAUUUGGACAUCCUGACCAAAACCCGCAUCGGCAUGACGGUGAACGAGCUGCGCAAGUGCAGCAAGGACGACGAAGUGAUCAACCUAGCCAAGACGCUGAUCAAAAGCUGGAAGCGCUUCCUGGCCGCGACGACCUCCUCGAAGGACUCGUCCAAGUCUUCGAGCAAGACGUCGUCGUCGUCGAGCAAGAGCAGCGCCUCUGGCGGCAGCAGCACCAGCCACAGUGGCAGGCAUGAUCACAGCAAGAGAGAUCAUCACCGCAAGGAAAGGGAUGAUAAGAAACGUGGGCGGUCCCGUAGUCCGCAACGUGCGAGCAACACGACCGACACGGUUCGGCUCAAGUGUCGCGAGAUGUUGGCCCACGCGCUACAAGUCGAGGGUGAGCAACCGGAAGGGUGCCAACCGCCGGAGGAACUCGGCGAGGAGCUGGAGGAGGCCAUCUUCGCGGAGAUUAAAAAUACCGACUUUCGGUACAAGAAUCGCGUUCGGUCGCGGGUGGCCAACUUGAAGGAUCCGAAAAAUCCUAGCCUGAGAGCGAACUUUGUCAGCGGUGCCAUCACUGCCGAGCGGUUGGCCAAAAUGACGCCGGAGGAGAUGGCCAGCGACGAGAUGAAGAACCUGCGCGAUCGGUUUGUGAAGGAGGCGAUCAACGACGCCCAGCUGGCGACGAACCAGGGCACCAAGACGGACCUGCUCAAGUGCGGCAAGUGUAAGAAGCGCAACUGCACGUACAACCAGCUGCAGACGCGAAGCGCUGAUGAACCGAUGACGACGUUUGUGCUGUGCAACGAGUGCGGCAAUCGCUGGAAGUUCUGCUAAGGGCGAGAGCAAGUUUUGGAAAAGCAUGAUGGUUCUGAUCAAUUCCAUUUUGACGAUUAUGUACAUUUCAGGAGAUCUUCAACGAGUUAAAAAUUCUCGGAUCGUAGCGGUUUGGAAUUGAAUUGUGCCAUUAAAGAAAACAGAUAACAAAGAGUUGCCUGCUGUUGAAUUGUUUGUUGAAAUAAAUAUUUUAUAGUUGU